AUGAUGCCCAUCCCCCGCGCCCUCCGCCCGGCCUCGCGGCGCAUCCUGAGCGCCCGCCCCGUCGCAGCCAUCGCCGUGCCGGCACGGUGGCAGUCCAGCAACAGCGGCCCCUUCGACCCCGUCCCGGGCCGCGAGAUGGCCGUCGGCGAGCUCGAGGGCGCCAAGUUCAGGAUCGAGCCCCUGCGGCGGACCGGCGAGGACCCAGAGACCAUGCGCGCCAGGCUAACCUACCAGUCCCGCAAGCGCGGCACCCUCGAGUCCGACCUCCUCCUGAGCACCUUCGCCGCCGCCUACCUGCCGCGCAUGACCCCCGAGCAGAUGCAGCAGUACGACCGCUUCCUGGACGAGAACGACUGGGACAUCUACUACUGGGCCACCCAGGCCGAGGACACCACCACAACACCACCCACCACCAACACCCCGGCCGCCGGCCUGCAGAACUCGGAGCCCUACCUGAGCGACCAGGGCGGCGCCGCCGCCACCACCAGCAGCCAGAAGCACAAGAAGCUGGAGCCGGCCAGCCCGGCCAAGGGCGAGUGGGCGCAGACCAUCGGGACCUUCAAGCCCGCGUUCCGGCCCGUGCCGCAGCGGUGGAAGGGCACCGAGAUCCUCGGCCUGCUGAGGCGGCACGUCAAGGAGAGGAGCGCGGCUGGUGUGCUGGGCAACAGCGACAGGGAUAAGGCCGAGGGCAUGGCCUUCAUGCCUGCGCUGGGUGAGAGGAAGUGA